GGCCGGCCCGCGGCCAGCGCGCAGGGCGCCGGCAGCACCCGGCCCGCCGCGCCGCGCCCUCCCCGCCCCCAACUCGCUCCCCAACGGAAAGUUCGGCUCCGGCUGCGUGUGGCACAGAGACCGGGAAUGAGAAGGGGUCGGGGGGCGUGCUGAGGGGACCGGGCGGCGGCGGCGAGGCGGGGGCAACUUCUCCCGGGAAAGCGCCUCCUGCCGACCCCGCGAGCCGCAGCCCCCGAGUGGGCUCGAGGUGGUUUUUCCCUUGCCUUUGCCUCCCCCUGCGGAUUCAAGACACGGACCUUGGUCCUGGUGCUCCCGCUGCCGGGUGGCAGGAGCCAGCGCUGCCGCCGCCACCGCCGCCGCCGCCGCCGCCUCGGCCGCCGCUCCCUCCGCCCGCCGGCCGCCCCCUGGCCGCAGCCCCUGCCUCCUGCCAGCACCAUGGAGUUCUCCGAGAGGAAAAGGAGCAGGAAAUCCCAGAGCUUCAAACUGGUGAGCCGAGAUUAUCACCAUGAGGUAUAUAAGAUCUCAGAAUUCAGCAACGAUGUUAAUGGGGAGGCCAAAGAGACCCAACCCAUUUAUUUAGGAGAUGAAAGCAUGGAAAUUAAAAAACAAAUCACAGGAAUGAGGAGAUUACUGAAUGACAGCACUGGGAGGAUCUAUCAGCGCGUGGGCAAAGAAGGAGAAAAAUUAAAAGAAGAACCCCAGGAUUCGGAUUCAGUCUGGCCUCCGCGUUUGAACUCCUCUGCUGAGGCCCCACAGAGCCUCCACCCUUCUUCACGUGGUGCGUGGACUGAGUUAGCGCCCCCCAGCGGGCAGUUCUCAGGGCAGUACGGCACCCGCUCUAGAACCUUCCAGAGUCAGCCCCACAGCACUGGGAGCUCCAACGGAGAAAUUCCUGCCGUGAAUUCGUCCGUUGGAUCCAACUGCUGUACUUGCAACUGCCAGUCAACGUUGCAAGCCAUCCUCCAAGAACUCAGGACCAUGCGGAAAUUAAUGCAAAUUCAAGCAGUUGGAACCCCAAACAGACAACAACCCCCGAUUUCCCUUAUAUGCUCCCAGCGAACUGCUGUCUCACGCAAGAGAAAUAAAAAGAAAAAAGUGCCCUCAAAGACCGUUGAACCUCUGAGUGUGAGGCAGAAGCCUGGCGUGUUAGAAACGGAGAAGAAGACAGCCGGGGCCUCGGAGCAGCCUGGCCCCCAGGCGGCCGAGCCUCCCUCGGCAGGGGAGAACCGUGUGCUGGGAUUCGGCAUUGUCCUGGAGUCGCCUGCCUCCGAUCCAGAAGUGCAACUUGCUGAAGGCUUUGAUGUGUUCAUGCCUAAAUCACAGCUGGACUCCAUACUGUCAAACUAUACUCGCUCAGGAAGCCUUCUGUUUAGAAAGCUGGUGUGUGCAUUUUUUGAUGACAAGACUUUGGCUAACUCCUUACCCAAUGGGAAGAGGAAAAGAGGACUCAAUGACAACCGAAAAGGACUAGACCAAAAUAUUGUGGGUGCAAUAAAAGUCUUCACAGAAAAGUACUGCACGGCUAAUCACGUGGAUAAACUUCCUGGCCCGAGAGACUGGGUGCAGAUUCUGCAGGAUCAAAUCAAACUGGCCAGAAGAAGGUUAAAAAGAGGCUCAGCAGAGGUAGCUGACGGUGAUGAAAGACUGGACAGCAUUUCCCUACCACCAACAGAUGGAGGCAGAGAGAUGUUUCAGAUGAGGAAAUUGAACCCGGGAUGGUAGAACCACCUCAUGGAACUGAAAAGAAUUUCCAGGAAUCUGAGAAAGAAGGAACAUUAGAGAUCAUCUAGUCCCCUCCCUUCUUUUUAUCCAGUCCUUUUAUUUUACAGGUAAAAAAGCCUGAGGCCCAGAAACCCUAAAUGACUCUCUCAAGGUCUCACAGCUGGUUGGUGGCCUGGCCGGAGCCCCGGCUUCUCGACUUCCGGCCCUUCUACCGCAUAGCUUUCUCAUACCUAAGCCAAAGCCAGCUUUUCUCUGCAUGUUUCCUAAAGAUCCUAAGAGUCGAUGGAUGUACUAAUCCCUUUAGGAUUCCAUUCCACUGUCUGUCUUCACGAUUAGAAUGUCUGUCGUAAGCCUACCUGAAGUCCUCUGCAGUUGAAACUCACUUACUGCAGUUCUUUCUCAAUUCCUGCCCAAGGUCCUGAGGUCCUGACGGACACAGUAGUAGGCCAGGUCUCUUCCCUAGACUCUUGGCGUUUGAUGCAGAUUACUGCACAGCAUGACAAAUCAUACCGUUUAUCAUUUAGAAAAGGGGAAAAGAAGUCGCAGAUUGGUGCUCAAAUGUCACAGUAUUGGAAUUAGAUCAUCUUGGUUAGAGUAGCGUGUCUGGAUCGCGUCUAAAGUAAAAUCCCCGGUCUGGGCAGCGUCUCUGCAAAUAGCACCACUGCUGGCCCUCCCUCCUCACCUGUGCCCCCAGGAGGCCCCCGAAGAGGCGAAGUGCACCUCUCCUGCUCCGGUGGCUUCACCCUUGCAUUUGAGACUCACUGGUCAGACCUUCCUUCUCUGGUUGAUCUCAGCUGGUGACAUUGGGUCCCUUUGAAAGAUGUAGCAACACCUUUUUUAUUACCUGUUUACGGUCUUUUUCCUCCUUCCAAAUUCGUGUGUGUUGGCGAGGGGCGGGGGCGGGGGGGAAACCCUUAAGUGCGUCUACGACCCGGGACUGAGCAGGUCAGGGGUGCGGUCAGCCAGGCCGCGGAUGUUUGAUACAGUCGCUACACUUAAGCAACCUUCUGCAGCUCUAGUUUUAACAAGAAUAAGAGCGGGUUUUCUUCAUUCCUUUUCCCUCACAACCCUGUCAGUAAGCGUGUCGGAGCAGCUCCCAGGAAUCCUCAUGGUUAGGUUCUGGAAACAAAUACCCGCCCUCAGGGAGCCCCGGCCCUGCGUGAGGCAGGCGGUGUGGGCAGCGCGCUCUGAUAGCCCCAGAAACCGCCCACGACUGGGGGACACGCUCUGUUGGGGAGGAAAAAAAAGUACAGAGAAAGUAAAAUUGAAACAGUGCUUUCUAAAAUUUACAAAGGAGACUUCUUCAUUUGAAAGAGGGUAGCGCAGAGCUCACCUGGGCCUAGCAAUUUUUGUCAUAAAUUGGCCAUCUUUGACAUACUUCUAAACAGUUAAAGGAAGAAAAUAUAAUUUUACCACUCAGACAACCAUUAUUGGGUAUUUUUCCCCAGACUUUUCUAUUUACACAAUGGACACCCAAAUACAUAAAAUUUUUGUUUUCCUGAGGGUUUUUUUUUCCUUUUUUUUUAACCUCACAAGCAUUUUCCACUUUUCACAAAUCUUCAUACACAUUAUUUUAAUAGCUGCAUCAUGUUCUCUCUUACAGGUAAACCGUAUUUUAUUUAGCCAUAUUGUAUUCCUGGACAGUAUGUGGACAUACUCCAAUAGUAGCACGCAGUCAUGGACUUUCCUGUAAAAAUAACCAGUACAAAUUUCCAGUGGCUAAAAGUGCUCACAACUAAAGCCUUGGCUGAAAAAUUAGUAACUUAAAUGUGAAACAUAUACUUCAUCAGCGAGGGUCUCCACCAAGCCAGCCUCCUUGCCUCUAGCCCCGUCACAGAAGGUGUACAACUCUCCUUUAGAGAAGCGGCCCCCCUUCAUUGUCUUGUCUCUGUUGUAGGUCAUAUAUUUGACACCAGGAGAGAAAACACGGAAGACACAGAGCCAGAUUUCACUGCCUAGACUUUCCUUUUAGAGACACUGUUCAUUAGCACACGUAACUCCUUCCGUUGAAUUCCCUCAAAGAUCCACGUAGCAUUUCAGGUUCCUGCAAAGUGUGGGCGUUCUGUGAAGUUUUCCCAUCAUAUCUGAAUAGUUUUCAUAUACUUUCUUUGUCGUAUGUGAUAAUCAAGCCUCCAAUUUGGUGUUAAGAGCUUUAGAAAUCAUUUUGAGAGUUGACUCGUUUGUUACCUUUUAAAAGUCCAGCAUAUGACCAGUGAGUUUAUUGUUCACUAAAAAGCAGUUCUUUUUUUUUUCCAUAAGCUCAGUGUGAAUAUAUAGAGUUUUGAAGCAUAUUUAUUUUAAUGUGCACGCCUUAGAUGCAGAAUAAAGGAGAACAACUCUUUCCAGCACUGAGGGAGCAGUUGGGAAGGCCAACAUUAAUUAGGCCUUCAGCGGCUUAGAAGAUGAAAAAGUUGUUUUGGGAGACAGGAUAGCUCUGACCUAUUAAAUGAAAUCAUUUGUGACAUCAGUUCCUCCAAAGAUAGCCAUUUGUAACUGAGUAAGUACAAACGAUUUAUGAACUCUUAGGGAAGAAAGACCUUUCACAAAGAUUGUGUCAACACAGUGACAAAAUGACUAAUUAAAAGGCGAGAAACUCAAAGUAACCAGUGACCCACACGAUACCUAACAACUAUUUUCACAGAGGAUUUUAAACUGCGGGGUCCAGGGUCUUGGCACCGUGUGGCAACCAGCCACAAAUGGACUUAAUAUUAUAUGUUUCAUUUGGCUGCUAGUACACGCGCCCUCCACUUCGUAUGAAACCAACAUAUGAAAAUAAGGGUUUAUACUAAAGAGAUAGCUUGCCAUGUGGGUAUUUGUUUUAUAGAAAUACUUACCUCCAGAUUCUCUUCUCCAAAAAGAUGGUGAAUUUAAAAAUACCGUUUUACUUAGAAACAUUGCAUGUAGACCUCAUUCACUGUAUAAAGCAAAUUACCAUAGAAUCUUUGGCACUUGACCCAAAAGCCAAAAAUCAGCCGGAAAGAAAUUUGGGCUGUAGACAUGCCGAGCCAGAGGGGGAAAGAAUUGUUGCUAUUUCCCUAGCACCUGUUUUAUGAGGUCCUAGAGCAUUAGAGCUCAGAGUUCUUGUAGAGGCACUCUAUCCAAGGGACUCGUGCCGUAGCACACGGAACCGCUCCACCUGAGCUCAGAGGGGAGCUCGGGGGCGAUGCUGGGGUCCACUGAAGGCCAGCUCAUCAGCCGAAGACGAGAGAUAGGAGGCAUCCCUGAAAUGUGACAAAGCUGGUCCCAGGUGUGGCUUAUAGAAUCAGUCUCACAGCUAGAGAGCGCCAUCUCAUAUCCGUGUGUCUUUUGUCUUAUUUCUGAAGUUACAAGGAAGGUUCAGAGAAAUGGUUUCUGUCACGUCCUAUAGUUAUUAGCGUUUUACGUUUCUAUGCCUGUUAGGAAUCCCUUCCCUGAAACUGGUCCCAUUGGUCAUCAAGUGGCCCUGAUGAAGUCCUACAUCCAGGGCUUUUGUUUUUCUGCAACGUAUGUUUUAAAAUUUGUCUUCUGCCCCCCAGCAGGAAAUAUUUCUCAAGGGAAUUGAAAAGAUUAAUUAGUGACCUUUCAACUCUAUUACAGUGAGAUGAGUCUGUUGCUAAUAAAGGUAGAAACAUUUACCUUACCACUGUGGGAUCUGUUAAAUAUGCAUCACGAACCUUUGAAGGCACUUCCUUCCAAGACUGGGUGACAGCUUGGAUUUUCCAAUACUUGAGGAGGGGUGGGGAUUGCUCAACUCACAAGUACGUGCAAUGCAUCCACAAAUUGGAAAUACGUAUCACAAAACUGCAGCAGUGAAAUCAUAUUUUGUACAUUAAAAUUGUAUUUGUGUUUACUUACUGUGACUACUGUUCAGACUUUAUUCAGAAAUCCUUUUUAUAGGCUUUCUUAGUAAAAAAAAAAUUCCAUAUCUAUGGAUGACGUCUCAAUCUUCUGUAUAUAUGUUUUAUUAAUAUGUAAAUAUUUAGAUUUUUUAAAAUUACUAUGUUCUUUAAAAAGAAUUUCAACACAAGGCUAGAUGUGAAAUGGUGUAUAACAUUGUGUUGUGAUAUCAAUUCCCAAGAUGCUCUUUAUGUCCGUUCCAGAAGAAUACAAUAAAUUACUUUAAUUGA